GUUUUGUAAUAGACUACAUGGUAGUUCUCUAGGUGCACAGAUCAGUGUAGCGACGACUCUGAGUAGAUACGACACCGUCUAGUUUAUGAACAAUAUCUUGGAAAAUACAACAAUGAAUAACGUCAUGACUGAUUGCAGAAAGUAUAGCAAAAAUAAAUACUAUAUGAACCAGAAUUAUUAUUCUAAGAAUGGACAUUUAUUACUCAUAAUAAUAUAUACUAUGGCUAUGAUAUUUGAAUCGCAUGGUGCCACAAAAGAAACGGAGUUAAAUAAUGCAAGCUGCCCAGAUGCAUUGACGUGCACCAAAUGUACAAUCAAAGCUCAAUGUGCAUGGUCCUUAGAACAUCAGACGUGUGUCGACAACAAUCACUUAAACUUGUCAAAUCUUACAAUCUACAGUCAAGAGAAAUGUCCACGGUUUUCAGUAGUUACAAAAUAUAAAUAUAAUAAUACAAUUAAUCAUUUGGAAUACAUAGUUAAGAUAUCAAACGAUCAUGUGAAUUUCAUGAAAUAUCUUAUAGACAGUAAUUUUUUUUGUAAUUCAACGACAAUAGAUGUUUAUUCAAAAACGGUAGAAAAUGACGAGAUUAUAUGUUCAGCAAACAUUUUGACAACUAUCUUUAAGUCACACCUUGUACAAUCAUUUACUGCAUUUAUUUAUAUUACGUUUAAUGGCACCUUGCUGCGCUUGGACAACGUGGCCGAUCACUAUGUAACGUUUUAUGAACAUGAAUGUGCCGAGGACAAAAAGGACGAAAACUGUGCGGCUUGCACGUGGAACAAAUAUGGCUUCGCACACUACAUUAGAUUGUGUUCGUCCAGAAACUCUUGUGAGGGUCACAAUGAAUUUUACCUGUGGCACUAUAGUAAUGGAAAAUCAUGGAAUUCUAACACGCGAAAAGUCAUGGAUCAAUGUGCCGAAAUAAACGUGACAUCCGUCAAUCCACUAUCUGGGACGAUGGCUGGUGGCACGACUAUAACGAUUACCGUAAAGAACCAUUUGAUAUUUGAGGAGAAUCGAAAGGUAAUGGUGACGGUGGCCGGAAUGCUUUGUGCGGACCCCAGGACGUCUGGACCCGAGACGAUCACUUGCAUCACGACACCACCACCCAAAGACACAUCUGUAGCACCAUCCGGUCCGGUCUUGGUUAAGUACACGUCACAUGAACGCGAGUUGAUUAUCGAGUCGUCACAGAAAUUUCACUAUUACGUUGAUAUUACCGGCGGCGCAUCCUGUCUCGUAAUUAGUCUAUAUACUAUUAUGAUACAAUUUUCGUUUUUUGUGUUUUACACAAAAAUGAUGUAGUAAAAUAAUUUUUAAUUUUUAAUUUACAUUUGAUAGGUACGAAUGUAAUAAUAGUUAAUACAAUUUUGAUAACUUGUAAAAAUCAUAAUAUUUGUAUGAACUAUUUGUAACACAUCAACCUAAGAAGGAGCAAUAUGCAUUACUAGAGGUAAAUCGAUACAUGUUAGUUAAUAAAUAUUUUAAAUUAUGAUAGACAUUACCAGGCUGAUCCAGUCAUGAAUAAUAAUAAUAUUAGAUAGGUACAAAAUUAGUCCAUGAUGAUGAAUAUUCAGCCAAAAUGUACAAUAUAAUAUAUUGUAUAUAUAUAUACACAAUGUUAUCUACUUGGUAACAACAUUUUCACAACCGUUUUUAGCUGUAUUUACUAGAAAAUUAUUUUUUAAUUUAUAAUUGGGAAACCAAAUUAUUUCUUAUAAACAAUAAAUUGUUUUUAAACUUAAAGUGAUUAUGCUUAUACAUAUUAUUGUUUUAAAUUAAUAGCUUAUAAGAUGAUUAAAUAUUAUAACUAAGUAUUAUAAUGUGAUUAAAAUACAGACAAUACUGCAAAAAAACUUAGUGUAUUUGUUAUCUUAUUGUAUUUCUAUUCUAUAUUCUAGAAUGAG